CUUGAUAGACUUUUCUAAUUCCUUCUUCCUUUCAACCUUCUCUUCCAUCAAGCUUAUUUUAUCCCGAUGCAAAGCUUUCUAGUCGCUGCUCCCUCUAGUACCAAAUCACCAGCUUCCAGCAAGAACAACAGUGCUUCACUACAAAUGCUGCCCCGUCCGCACAAGUGUCCAAUAUGUCCCAAAUCGUUCUAUCGUCAUGAGCAUCAAACAAGACAUCUUCGAACGCACACUGGAGAGCGCCCGCAUGGUUGUACAUUUCCAAACUGCGACCGCCGCUUUGCGAGGUCGGAUGAGCUAGCUCGACAUAUGCGCAUCCACACUCAACCUACAUCGGUUUCCUUUCGUAGACCUUCUCCGCGGAAGAGAAGAGAGUCAAAGGACAAGAAAUGGAGCGUUGAAGAUGAAAUGGCCUAUAGCGAGCAGCAAAAGUUUUGUUCCGUCAUUCGAUUUGCCUCUGUUCGCCCACGCCAGUCUAGAAACCUUGGGUCGCCACGCCCAGAAGCAGGUAGUUGGAAUUUGCAACGGUGCCCUGUGCCACGAUGUCUCAAAAGUUUUUGGAGGCCAGGUCAACUUGCCAGACACAUUCAAGUUCAGCAUCCUGGUGCUCAUGAUGGCAACAGCAGCAGUACAGAGGAAUCAGAUGAAGGCAUAGAGACACCCGGCAACACCCCACCAAUGAGCCCCGCAAAACCAAUGAUAAUGGAAUGCAGCUUGGAUACAUCCCCUGUGCUCCCUGCCAAACCCUUACCUAUGGUCAGCAUAUUACCACCAUUGGAUCCUCGCUUAAAUGCAUACCAUACAUCAACAGUAGAUUAUGGGCAUCAAGAACAAAAUGAUUACCCUACACAUCCUAGACUUCCGUCAAUCCAGUCAUUGCUGUGCUAGGUUUUAU